ACUAUUCUAACUGUUUAACAUUUCAUCUCUUAAUAAAAGAGAUCAACUAGUUAGAUGUAGACUGAUAGGUGCACUUUAUUGAUCUUCAAGGGGAACUGUAGGUGCUACAGCUGCAAAGGACGCUGAAGGACUAGACAGAGGUAUAACAUUCAACACAUAAUAACAAUUAAAACAGUGCAAAAAGGCCUCAGUGAUUAGGUGCAAAAAAAUACAGUGUCAUGUAAUUACUGUAGGUGCAAAAAUCCAACAAGGUGCAGAAUAACAGGAGAUAUUUACAGCAACCAAACCAAGUGGUAGCCAUCCAUGCAUGCAUUGUAUAUGUGUGUGUAUAUGAAUAAAUACAUCCUGUCCAGUUGUUUAUUCAUAUGGAGAUCAGAAGUGUGUAUUUUGCUGUUGUAGUAAAGAAUGAACUAUUGGUCAAACAGUAUUACUUACUUAAACACAGCUUUGUGGUGAUGUAUUUUGCUCCUCCUUAAUUGUUUUAACCUUAUAAACGGCUUCCAAUCGCAGGAUGCUGUCACGAACCUGUUAAUUAACGCCAAAAAAAAAAAGUCACGCGGAAACUUCAGCCCGAGCUCAUUCGCAUGUAGCGGUCCUGAUUGUCGGCUUCUGAUUGGUCGUUCCAGCCAUCAACUCUCCACCCCUGAGCACUGAUUGGUCGCCGGAGUCGCCUGUAACCGGGACUUGGAGAAGAGGCACGAGUUUGCGCUGAAGUGGAGUCAGUUUUUGCCGAGUUGUGGAGCCAAGCAGCUGCUGAGCCGAGGCUAAUGUGCAGCUGAGAUGAAGCCGCACUCCGAUUGGCUCUGACUUUUUCUUUCCUCUUUUUUUUUUUUUUUUUAAAGCCAUUUUCAUUCAAGCGGUUUGUCAACAUGGCAGAGCCGUCGGUGGCUGCAAAAAUGGCGUCACUUGUCCCGGUCCGAGCCGCGACACUGAUUCUCUUAACCGUCUACUUAAUUGCGCCGACGCGCGCCAAAGAAGGCGGGGGAGAGGAGACCGUCAUCAUCGGCUUGCGCCUGGAGGACACAGACGACAUUUCGUUCAUGGACAGGGGCUAUCUGCGGGUGAGCGAGCGCUCCCGGGUCAAGUUGCGCGUGUACGGGCACAACAUCAACAACGAGACGUGGUCCAAGAUCGCGUUCACAGAGCACGAGCGGAGUCGCGCCGUUGCCAGCCUUGACAACUUCAACGGCGACAACAAGAGCCACGAGGAAACGUCUGGCUUGCACCCGUGCGGCAUCAGGACAUCGGACAUCUUAAUCUUGCCCAACAUAGUGUUGAGCCGCAAGACGUCCGGGGUGGUGGAGAUUGAGGUCAAGCCGUUGAGGAAGACCGAGAGAAGCAAAGCGUAUUACCUGUGCAUCGCCACAUCUACGCCAGCUGGCACGCACGACCCGUGGACAGAAAGCACGUGGAUAUACCAUGAAGGUGAGGACACCAAAGUGAUCGUGGUGGAGGAGAGGAAGUUUCUGCUCCCCUUUUGGCUCCAGGUGAUCUUCAUCUCCAUGCUGCUCUGCCUCUCCGGUAUGUUCAGCGGCUUAAACUUGGGGCUUAUGGCGCUCGACCCGAUGGAGCUGCAGAUCGUGCAGAACUGCGGCACCGAGCGCGAGAAGAACUACGCGCGCAAAAUCGAACCGGUGCGCAGCCAGGGGAACUACCUGCUGUGCUCGCUGCUGUUAGGGAACGUGCUCGUGAACACCACUCUCACCAUCCUUCUGGAUGACAUCGCCGGAAACGGCCUGAUCGCCGUGGUCAUGUCCACGAUCGGUAUCGUGAUCUUCGGCGAGAUCGUGCCGCAGGCGAUAUGCUCGCGCCACGGGCUCGCCGUGGGCGCCAACACCAUCUUUCUCACCAAGUUCUUCAUGCUGCUCACGUUUCCCGCGUCGUACCCGGUCAGCAAGCUGCUCGACUACCUCCUCGGGCAGGAGAUCGGCACCGUGUACAACCGCGAGAAGCUGCUCGAGAUGCUGCGCGUCACCGACCCAUACAACGACCUGGUCAAGGAGGAGCUGAACAUCAUCCAGGGCGCGCUCGAGCUGCGCACCAAGACCGUGGAGGACGUGAUGACGCCGCUGCGUGACUGCUUCAUGCUGGCGGCUGAUGCCGCGCUCGACUUCGCCACGGUCAGCGAGAUCAUGGAGAGCGGUUACACGCGCAUUCCCGUGUUCGAGGAGGAGCGCUCCAACAUCAUUGACAUGCUCUUGGUCAAGGACCUGGCUUUCGUGGACCCGGACGAUUGCACGCCGCUCAAGACUGUCACAAAGUUCUACAGCCACCCGCUGCACUUUGUCUUCAACGACACUAAACUGGACGCCAUGCUCGAGGAGUUCAAAAAAGGGAAGUCGCACCUGGCGAUAGUACAAAGGGUCAACAAUGAGGGGGAAGGGGAUCCCUUUUAUGAGGUGCUUGGGAUCGUCACCCUGGAGGAUGUCAUCGAAGAAAUAAUCAAGUCUGAAAUCCUGGACGAGACAGAUUUAUACACCGACAACAAAACAAAAAAGAAAAUCACCCAUCGGGAGAGGAAGCAGGAUUUCUCGGCCUUCAAGCCCAUGGACAAUGAAAUGAAGGUUAAAAUAUCACCUCAGCUUCUACUGGCUACUCUGCGUUUCCUAGCAACAGAGGUGGAAAUAUUUGGCCUGAAUCAGAUGUCUGAAAAGAUCUUGCUGAGGUUGCUGAAGCACCCUAAUGUAAUCCAGGAACUUAAGUUCAAUGAAAAGAACAAGAAAGCACCAGAACAUUACCUCUAUGUCCGCAACAGACCUGCGGACUACUUCAUCCUUAUCCUGCAGGGGAAGGUUGAAGUGGAGGCAGGGAAGGAUGGGAUGAAGUUUGAAGCUGGAGGGUUUUCAUCAUAUGGGACGAUGGCCCUUACUGCUUCUCCAGUUUCUCUUUCCCUUUCUCGCAUUUGUGUGGUCAAGAGGUCAGAAUCAGUUGGAGUACCUCCAGAGAACAAGUCUCCUCCUCGGCCAUAUGGACUGAACCACUCUGACUCACUGAACCGGAGUGACCGCAAUGAAGCUAUUAAUCCCCCACUGGGCAACAGCAACAACCAGCUCAACUCCUUUCUGCAGAUCUACGCACCAGAUUACACAGUUCGAGCCGUCACAGACCUUCUUUAUGUCAAGGUCACCCGUCAGCAGUACCAGAAUGCCGUGAUGGCGUCACACAUGGAAAAGACACCACAUCCAUCAGACAGCGAGUACACCAAAAUUGAACUGACUCUCAGUGAGCUGCAUGACAGCGUGGCCGACGAGACGGGCAUUCUGCUUAACCAGACGCAGAACUGUGUUGCCCACAAAAAGGCGAACCACAUGGUGCACAAUGAGGGUACCGUCUAGCCCCCAGCGGGGUGGUUAGGGGUUUACAAAAGGGUGAAAAAGGAAGCUGCUAAUGUUUUUUUUUCACCUUCUGAGUUGCCUCUGCCACCCCCUGUAACAACUGGACGCAAAACCACAACGGACUGCUAAAACAGCGUCUGGGUUUUUGGACCCAAUAACAGGACUGGAACAGCCAGUUCAGUUCCAAACACCCUGCCGUGUGCCUGUCCACCAGACCAAAGAGUUUGGAGUUUGGACACCCUCCCCCAUCUGUCACAAGGCCCUGAACAUACACCUUGACUGUCCCCUUUAAGGUGCCAGGAAGGAUUCCGGGAUAGAGGAGGACCACAAGUCAAAUGGACUACUUUCUACAUCUUCAUCAGGCUGAUGUUGUAAUAUGGUGAGUCAAAGACUGUGCCAAAUACCAAUUUGAAGGAAACCAUGAACCGCUUACCAAUAACAUAUUUUCCUCCUGUAUUUAUUUAUUUUAUAUGUCUACUGUAUAUAUGUAUGUGUGCAUGUAACUACAGGCACAUGCCAAGAACACACCUUUGUAAAAUUCAAUGUAAUGUGUGUACUGUAUAUGUUGCGAGUCCAUGUGCCUUUGAGAGUGUUAAUGUGAUGCAGUGCACAUGCUACAGUAUAUACAUACAGUAGUUACAAAUACAUUACUGUAUGUGUAUUG